UGUCAUUACGUCACCAAGGCUGUGGAUACCAGCGAGUCGCAGUGGUUGGUCAGAGCGGCGGCUGGAGCGGACCGAGCACCAUGAACCUGAAGCGGACCAGAGACCGUCUGUACAGCACUCGGUGCUGCGGCUGUUGCCAUGUGCGCACCGGGACCAUCGUGCUGGGCAUCAAGGAGAUGGUGGUGUACUUGCUGUUUGGCAUUCUUCUCACCGUGAAAGUUACCCAUCCUGAUACCAUGUCAUCAGUUGAUAUUCAGUAUGAAGUCAUCGGAAACUACUAUGGCACAGAGAGAGUGGCCGAGAAUGCAUGUGUACUCUUCGCCAUCUCCCUUCUUAUGUUCACCAUGAGUUCCAUGUUGGUUUAUGGAGCAAUCACACAUCGAGGAGGCUGGUUGAUUCCAUUCUUUUGCGCACAGCUCUUUGAUUUUGCUCUCACGUGCCUUCUUGCAAUCAGUUCUCUCACAUACCUGCCUGGAAUCAAAAACUAUUUGGAGCAACUGCCAGAGUUUCCUUACAAAGAAGACAUGCUUGCAAUGGAUUCCAGCUUGCUGCUCUUCUUUGUGGUGUUUGUGGGUACAUUUGUCAUUCUCCUAAAGGCGUAUCUAAUCAACUGUGUGUGGAACUGCUACAAAUACAUAAACAACAGAAACAUGCCUGAAAUUGCAGUGUACCCAGCUUUUGAAGCACCCCAGAAGUAUGUCCUUCCCACAUACGAUAUGGCUGUGAAAAUGCAAGACAAGGAGAAAGACCCCCCUCCUCCAUACAACCCUGUUUAGUUCCUGAGACUCCUAAGAACUUGGUUUUAAUUUCUCCUUUAUAUUUACUUUAACUGGAACUCUUGUUACCACUGUUCCUAUUUUGUUUGUGUUUUUUUUGUUUUUUUUCUUAUAUUGUUUGCUUUUCUUUUUGCUAAACAUUUGAUUUUAAAACUAAAAAAAAAUGUUUGUAAUGCCUUAACCUUUUAAAAACUAGAUACAUAUAAUUAGAUUAAUUAUUUACCGAAUGACAAUCUCUUUGAUUAACUUUUAUGUGGGAAGUUAAGAUUUAAAAACAUUUGUUAGUGGUACUUUUUAUUUUAUUUUUCGUAUUUGUAUUUUAGUAUUGUUUGCAUCUUAUUCACAUGCCUUUAACUAUUUGAGACCCCAAGGGGUGCGCAGAAUGAUUCAUCAGGUCACUGCUUCUGGUAGUAUGCACUGUCGCAGGAAUCUUUUGGCACCUAAAGAAUAACGUGAUAUUUUUAUGAGAGUGAUGCUUUAGUUGGACAUGUUUAAGUCAUGCCAGCAGCAUGUUUAAAUGAAUACACAUGUAGGAAAUAUUUUACUAUUGGCGUGUGACAGAAUGGAGCACUAAUCUUAUCUGCAUAUAACUUGUCUUUUACCUGUGACAUGAUCAUACAUCAAUAAAUCUUUAUAGAAACCA